AUGCUGCCGUCUAUUCGAAUCUACGACUGUCCCAAUGGCGUGGCCCUUAACCAGGACUUUCUCGUCGAGGUCCAGCCAGCCAAUUCGAACGAUUGCCAGCAAUGGUCUAAGGUGCCCGCAUAUGCCACAGAUGUGGCUAGUAUCAACACCAGCGCAAAUGAGUUUGAUAGGCAUUCUGUCGCCAUUACAUCGUUUGAUUUCAAUAGUCCAGUCAAGAUCCGUGUCACAUAUACCGCAAGACCCAUUGAAGCCGCAACUAUUCGACCUCGUUCGCUUGGGAUUGAGACCCUAUUAGAUGGCAAUGCCAUCUGCUUUACUUUGGAGAAACCCCGAGAUUUGAUGCUCGAAUUGAAUGGUGACAAGUGGAAAGCCCUUCACUUGCUCACGAACGAAAUUGAUUCCUCAGCACCAACCGAGGACAACGACAGUGUCUGGUAUUUUGGACCAGGUAUCAAUCAAGGCUCUGCGGUAGCCAUGGUCACCGACGGCGUCAACCUAAUGGUACCAUCGGGGAAAACUGUCUAUUUGACAGGCGGUGCCUUCAUCACGCUUCGCUUGAAUUUCGUCAACGUGUCCGAUAGUGCCGUCCGGGGCCACGGCUUUAUUCUGGGCCCCAAGGGCGGCUACGUUCAGCGAGAACUUGGCGGGGCGAUCUACAUGAGUGGAGCUUCAAAUAUUCGCGUGGAGGGUAUCACCUCUCUUGGUGCGAUGGGAUUCAGUCUUUCUGCCGGUGAAUGCAAAGAUGUAAUGGUCAACAGAUAUCGAUCAUUCUCCUCUGCGGGGAACGGUGAUGGAAUCGACUUUUUCUGCUCAUCUAACAUCACUAUCGAGAACUGUUUCUUGCGAAACUCGGAUGACACGAUUGCUCUUUAUUCACACCGCUGGGACUGGUACGGGGACUCGAAGAACAUUCUUAUUCAGAAUUGUGUCUUACUUCCCGAUGUAGCCCAUGCCAUCAAUAUGGGAACGCACGGGAAUCCUCAAAAACCGGAGACUACAAGUAAUGUGACGAUCAAGAAUAUUGAUAUCCUGGACCAUGAAGAGAAUCAGAUGUGGUAUCAAGGAUGCAUAGCCAUCAAUGCAGCGGAUGAGAAUUUGUUUCAGAAUAUCCACAUUGAAAAUGUUCGAGUUGAGCGGAUCACUCGCGGCCAGCUCGUGAAUAUUCGGGUAAUGCAGAACUCGAUGUGGACUACCGCUCCGGGGCGAGCCAUUCGAAACGUCACUUUCAAAAAUGUAUCUUUGGAUAUGCGUUACUCCCAGAUUGUCAAUCCAUCGAUGCUAUUGGGCUACGACCAGACUCGGAGAAUUGAGAAUGUUACGUUUGAGAAUUUGAGAAUCGGCGAAAAGGACAUCCAUGAAGCAAUGGACAAGCCUCGAUGGUUCAUGGUGUCAGACUUUGUCCCUCUGUUCGCCAAUGAGCACGUCGAAAACGUAAAAGAUAUGCCUGAAAUUGUUGCAAAGGAAUUCAGCCCCAUUGGCUUCGGCCUGAUGGGAUUGACCUGGCGAGAAACGCCACCAUCGCAGGAGCAGGCCUUUGAGGCCAUGCGCGCUGCAAUCAAGAACGGAUGUACUUGUUGGAACGGCGGUGAAUCCUAUGGCCCACCUAACUAUAACAGCCUUGUUCUCAUCGAGCAGUAUCUGGAAAAGCACCCCGAAGAUGCUGAUAAGAUCGCCGACGCCUCACCGGAGAAUACGCGCCGGAGUCUCGACGAUUGUAUUGCGCAGCUGAAAGGCCGCAAGAAAAUCGACAUAUUUGAAUUCGGCCGUCGGGAUCCAGCGAUCCCUCUAGAUGUGACGUUUAGUCUGAUCGAGAAGGAAUAUAUCCAGACCGGCAAAAUCGGAGGCAUUGCGCUCUCCGAGGUGCGGGCUGAGACUAUCCAUGAGGCCGUUAAACACACCAAGGUUGUCGCGGUAGAGGCUGAGCUCUCCCUGUUCUCUACCGAUAUCCUAGAGAAUGGCGUCGCAGCGGCGUGCGCCCAGUAUGGGAUUCCAAUCAUCGCCUACUCGCCCAUUGGUAGAGGCAUGUUGACCGGUCAAUUCAAGAAAUGGGACGACCUUCCUCAAGACUCGUUAUUACUCUCCUUUAAAUUCCCGCGCUUCCAGCAGGAGAACUUCGAGAAAAAUGUGCAACUGGUGGAAAAGGUUGAGGAGAUAGCAAAGAAGAAAGGCUGUACUCCGGCUCAACUCGCGAUCAACUGGACCAGAGCGCUAUCGAGACGUCCCGGGAUGCCCACUAUUAUUCCCAUCCCUGGUGCCACCACUGCAGAACGAGUGGAGGAGAACAGCAAGCUAAUUGACAUUUCGAAUGAGGAAAUGGCGGAGAUUGACGAUAUCUUGGCAAAGUUCACCCCAGCAGGUGGACGAUACCCCGAGAUCUUCCCGAUCAACACCUAG